GAUAUGAGUCAGAAAUACGGAGAGAAUCAGUGUGAAAAGGUUUUUCCCCUGAUUGGCCUUACCGUGCUCCACUUUUCCCGUCGCCCGCCAUAUGGAUCACACCGUUCUUAUAGCCCUACUACUGGCGUUCUGCUCCACAGCCAGCGCCGUCGAUAGUGAAGGAACCGACUUCGUGUUUGCAUUUGUGAGAAAUGCAAAUCCAAAUAUCACAAAUCAAAUUCUUUCAGCAACAGUUCUGAAUCAGAAUGCACAAGACUGCAAAUUCACACUGACCUACAGGCCCGAUUAUCGCAAAGCCACCUCACCAGAGAAUAUCACCGUAACCGUUUCUGCAAACUCUGCAGUUGAGGUGCCCGUGCUCUCAUGGUACGGAUGGAACUAUGCCAACGAAAACUUGCAGGAUGAUGUCUUUUUGACGCUCACUGGGUUUUCAACCUGCCCAGUAACAGUGUUGGCUAAUAACUACGAUAAUGUUACUGGUCAAGGAGACACUUACAUGGUUCUUCCACUCACUUGGGGUUCUACAAGUUUGACGUUCUCGCUGCCACCAGCAGUUCUUUCUACCGAUCAACAAUACGAGCAAAUUUAUGUGUUGCCAACAACCCCGGGUGUUACAAAAGUUUCCGUUUUCGAAAUUGGAAAUGCUGCAUCCGUCUACACGUUCAAUGCGACUUUUGGAAAUGCACCGGCUGCGUACAUCGGAGCACGCACCCCCGAUGCUCGCCCCAGAACAUAUCAUGUCAUGUCUGAUAAAAAUGUUCUUGUAGUUGCCGGUGUCACAUGUGCUGGAGCCGAUGCGAAUUCAUGUGAUCAUGUGGCUUAUAUGCCUCAUCCCCCACCAAGCAGUGAUUGCUACACAUAUGAUUACUACGACGAUGAUCAUGUCAGUUAUCUUCCAACUACCAGCCAAUUCUUCACAGAUAUUCCAGGAACAUGCUCCGUUGGACAAAACAUCACACGAACAUUGAAUGAUGGAGUUUCUUACACGAUCACCAUCAAACCUCAAAUGGAAUCACCAUUAUGGUCGAUCAAAACAACUAAUGCCAAUCAAUUGGCAGUUGCUUUCCACAAUGGAGGAUCAAAUAUUCACAUUGCUCGUUACUACGACGGAACAAAGUUCAACUCUCGUGGAGCAUUCGCAGCAACGUCGCCAUCGAUGACUCAAUUCCACAAUUUGAACACACCAUUUUUCACCAGAAACGCCAAUGACACUAUUGAAAUUUAUUGCACUGUUCUAUCAUGUUCAUCCAUUACAAUUGACGGAGUGAAAAUUCAAAUCACGGAUACCAAAGUUGUUCAAAAGGUCGAUGAUAUUUCAUACUACAUCUUUGUGAAUACAAUCGCCAAUCCAGGAUAUCAUCAAAUCAGCUUGAAGCAACAAGGAUCGUACGCAUUCUUUGUCUACGGAAAGAAUAAAUUGUACUCAUAUGGAUACGAAGGAGGAGCAAACAAGCCAACCGUUGUCCUGGCCCCUCCGACAACUCCUGGACCAACAUUUUAUCCUGUCACUACUGUUUCCACAAUGUCGCCUCCAACCACCGUUACAGUGCCGACUACACCUACUCCAGUUCCAACUACUACAAACACACCACCUGCAAAUCCUACCACCGCCACCCCAACAACUGUUGGCACAAGUAAGCAAACCAAUACCAUAUCACCACAUCUAUCUACUAUCACUGGAUCAAUAGUCACAUCAACCCCCACCAUGGCCCCACAGACCUCAGCUAGUCCUACCACCACCCCAACUCACACCACUGCAUCGCAACCCACCACAACUAAGCCUGUAGUAACUACUAAUUCAGUGACUCCCUCGACUGGAACGACGACGGUACCAGUUCCAACAACCACCGGCUCACCCACUACUCAAACGACUGCUCCAGUAACAAAGCCGACCGUUCCGUCUUCUACUACUCAAACUGCACCUCCAGUGACAACACCUACUUCUCAGCCACCAGUUACAACGACUUCUCUUUUAACAACACUCACAACUCCAACAGUCCCCGUUACAACAACUGUAGUCCCAAGUAGCGCAACAGUACCUACCACGCCUCCAACUACUGUAACUGUAGCAGCUACAACUACCUCUAAGGCCCCCGUAGUAACAACUAGUCCUACCUUAGCCCCAACUUCGCCGACUAAAUUGCCUACAUCACCACCAAGUACCGUCGGAACUUCACCAACGGCUCCUGCAAAUCUAACAACUCCAACGACUGCGCCAGUGAACCCAACUAGUUCAACAACUGCACCAACUGCUCCAGUGAACCCAACAAGCCCAACAACCGCACCUACAGUGCCUCCAGUCACAACAACUACGCCAACAACUACUACUAGCACCACGACCACGACGACAACUACAACCACGACGACUCAAACCACCCCGACAACUCCGGUGGUCACUACACCGUCCACAAUAACACCAACAACUCGGCCUGUAACUCAACCUGCAUCUCAACCAGCUACUCAACCUGCUACCACGCCGACAACAACCAUCCCAACAACCACUCAAUUCUCUUCCGCGGUUUCUGUGGCUCUUCCUGUUGUGCUUACCAUGUUCUUUGCCCUCUUCUAACCUCAUUUAUUUAAUUAUUACUUUUCUCUUUCAUUUGUUUUAUCAUAAAGUUUUGAAAUAAAAAAAACUUCUUGAGUAGAAAACAUUAUUCCGUGACCAUUUUCAACCGCUUCGAAAUGAAUUGAAAAUAAUAAAAACGAUUAUUUCU